UCAGUGACUGAAUACCUAAAUUCGAAAUUGGAGCAAAAUUAGCAAAACAACUCCAAACAAUAAAAAUGGAGAAAAAAGUACAAUAAUAUUCUCUUCUGAUUGGUCUCCUUCCUCACUGUAAACAUUCUUCAUCCGAUCAAUCCUAAACCUGCUAAAAGAAAGUGCCAUUGCCAUUCGAUCGAUCAGCGUUUUCGAUCAAUUUGCAGCCGGGGCACAAAAAUCUCCGGAAGAAGAAUCCCGCUUCCCAGAUUCUAGAGAGAGAAAGUAUGGAAUGGAGAAGAAGCUGAAGAAGGGGAGGAGUGCGAGAGAGACUGGGCGAUGGCGAGAGGGGAGUGGGUGCAUAACGGAAGGUUUUCAUACAAGAGGACAAUCAUAGUUGUUUGUUCCAUCAACAUUGUUGUUGCUCUAUUUGUGUUCCACUCUCUCUACACUUCGAUCUACACGUAUUCCUUGAGUGAUUCUCAAACCUCAUUUGAGUACACAACAAAGCAGAUUAAAAAAAUGGAAGAAGCAAAUGAAGUACGACAAGCAUCAGAACCAAAGGAACUUAUCAAGCUGGUGGCACAACUAAAGAAAAGAUUAAUGAAUGAAGAAAGGGUUUUGGAAUUGCCGCAAAAUUUGAAAUGGAAGUUGACGGACGAGAUUCUCGAAAGGUUGAGGAGCUUGGAUGCUGCUGCAAAUGCCACAGAGCAACGAGAGGCAGUUGAGUCCUGGCGCAGAUUAAAAUUAAAAGAAGCUAGGAAGCUUAUUCGUGGGAAACCCAUUAAUUCAACAAUUUUUCCACAGGAAGCCGGUGUUGUUGCUAGAGCUUUGAGUUCUGAUUGGAAUGAGUUCUUAGAAUUAAUUGGUCUCUGGAUACCAGUUAGUAUUAUUCACAAGGAACAUGACGACAAACCUGAGGGUGAAGAUGAGUUUGAAGAGGAAGUCCUACCAGGCAGAAAGCUACCUCCAGAAUGCCAUGCGGAACUUCACACAGAUUAUGAUGGGGCUGCUGUGAGAUGGGGCCUUACCCACCCUAAAGAGUCUGCUUAUGACUGCUGUAUGGCGUGUUUGGAUCAAGCCCGACGGGCCAAGCCCGGUCAGAUGAAAUGCAAUAUUUGGGUGUAUUGCCCGUCUGAAACUGGAUGCUACUCUCCAGAUAUUUAUGAACAUAAAAAUCAAGAGUGCUGGCUAAAAUAUUCUGAAAAACCAAAAUUGAACUUUAAGGACACAUAUCCAGAAUGGUAUAGAAACGCGCACAGAAAUGCACCAGUUAUUGUCCCGUGGGCUGCUGGCGUUGUAAGUGUGUGAUUGAGUUUUUUUUUUCGGCUCUAACAAGUUGACGGAUGCAAAUGCUGGAAAAUUUACACGGAGAUUUUUGGCGUGAUAUCACAAGAUAAGUUUGUCGUGCCCCAAACUGAUUACUACAUGCUUACAUAUUGUAUCUGCAGGUUUUAAUGAUGUUUUUGGUUUUUGUAUUACUAUUUAGUAUUUACAUACCAAAUAGUUAGCUUGGUGCUGUUGGCUAUCUAAUCUAAUCUGGAAAAAGAGCCAGUACCAUUUUGAUUGUUGAAAAAUAGGUCAAGGACAUGAAAUCAGCUUAUUGUUAUAUGGAUGUAACCAUGACAUUUUUUUUUUUUCAAUUAUUAUUAUUAUUAAUAUUAUUAAGGAACUACAAAUUCUUAUAUGAGUUGAUCUGUUCUAAUCAUUAGGGGGUCUAAACACUUACAUUAUGAAAUUUGAUGCUUUUAUUUUGUUG